GAUCUCGUCGCGAUAACAACAUUCAUCCACCGAACCGACCGACGGCAUGGCGGACGCGAGGGACACGGCCGCCACCAGCACCGACGACCACAACCAUCAUGCAGGCAGCGGCGCAACGGCACUGCCGGCGGCGAAGGGCGGCGCGGCCAUCUCCAUCACCAUCGUCCUCCUCGCGCUGCUCGUGGCCUCCGUGGCCGCGCUCCUGCUGUCGUCGCCGCCCGGCGUCGGAGGCGGCGCCGAGCCUGUGGAGCAGGCCGUCGGCCACGGCGGCGUCCCCGGGUUCAACAGCCGGCUGGACGCGUUCCGCGCGUGGGCGAAGCUGGCUUGGAUGAAGCUGCAGCGGCCGCGCUCCGAUGAGCCUCGGUAUGAUGCUGGUGGGAAUGGAAUCGCCGGCUCGGCGGCGGAGGCGACCAAGAAGAGCCUGGAGAUGGGCAAAGAGACGGCGGAGAAGGCCGCGGCGAGCGCCGCUGGGGUGGCCAAGGACACCGCGAGGGGAGCGGCCGCGCUCAACUCCGACGCAGAGCUCUGAAUGGUAGAGGGUGGUGCCGCCUUGUACUGUACUGUCAGUUGUGCAUACCGUUGUUGUUUCUACUGGAUGUAAAUACUCCUAGGGUGUGUUUGGUUGCGGAACGAAAUGGAAUGGCAUGUUAUGUUA